AUGGCCAGUUCACUUUUUGAUGGCCAGUCAGAAGUAGAGUACUUGCUCCAGACUGAAUUGAAGAUUCUGUCAUUCUUGCUAAAAGACCGAGUCUCUCCUGGCGAUAUUUGGGAAAUUGUUGGGGAGCACACUAUUGAAGCGAAACAGGAGGGAAUAUUGUGCCAACACCAAAGCAAUUACUUUGCUGAAUUUCAGGGACAAAGGCAUGUAAUUGUAGAGCAUAUUCUUAUGGAGGAAAGGAAGAAAAGAAGUCAGAUGGAGGUGUCCUUGUACCGUCAGGCUAUCAAACAUGUGCAGCAGCACCAGAUGUCCUGUCCGACAGUUACACGAGAGAAAUGUGAAGCUUGGUUAGGGGGACGAUACGCCCACCCCCUCUCAGAUGCCCCACCUCUGAUGGGACAUUACUGUUUUUUGCAUGCUUCCACUCAUUCAACAUCUGGUUUCGUCCCUGCACACGACGACAAACGGACAUCCGUCAUUCUAAAUUGUGUUGGUGCUUCAUUAUCCCUGUUGAGCACAUGUGUAGCCGUCGAUGUCCAAGAAGCCUUCUACGAUGCAUUCCAUGCAGAACAAGCCUGCCAGGCAGGAUUAAUGACACAGUCUUUUACUGUUAAUGGCGACCUAUAUCAUGGCGACAUCGGGUUGGAGCUACUUAUCUUGCAGGCAAAAAUGCGCCGCGCCCAAGCAGAGAUAGACCUCUAUACAGUGGCCAUCGAAAAUGCUCGUGAAUUCAACUCUUGUGACAAUAUUAGCGUGUCGUCAUCUUCUGGUGGUUCUAAUCCUCCACCUCUGCCUCAACCAGACGAAUUGUACUACUAUGACGUAGACCGUGAUAAUGUGACAGAUGACUUUGAUAAUUUCCAAUUUGAGUAA